CUCUCUCUCUGUUUAACUUUUCCCAAUCAUGACCCCAUCACCACCUCUAGACUUCCACUCGUCUGGCUGACUGCAGCUUCGUCAAGGUCAAGAAACAAAGCGCCCCCCCCCCCACCAGCCGUGAUGCUCUGCAUGAAGUGGCCUGUUCCCGCGUGGGGCACAUGCAAGACGUGCCAGGAAUGCAACGACGGGCAGUGUGGACUGUGGACGCAGACUGCAACACGGCAGGGCCCCCAGCCAGGCUCCCGCGUGGCCUUCUUGCCGGUUCGUUGCCGACACGGCGAUUGCCUUCACACCGCUGUUCCCAGCAAUGACUGAGCUGUCCUCGCAUUGCAGGAUGGCUAUUACCGCAGGGUCUCUCAGCCUUGAUUGCGAGUGUGGUUCCCUAGCAUGCCAGCUUUGGCGAUGGAAUCUCCCCGCUUCUGGUUUUAGUCCUGUGAAUGGUGCCACUUGUCUCAGAAAAACAGCCACGCAGGGCCAUUGGCGGAUCAGACCGGGAUCCAGUACGGUGUUGGCUCCGGCAACACAUCACAACCCUGGUCUGGGUUGGCCGCUCGCUUGGCCGGCCGAUAUCUACGAUCAUGCACGCCUGCAGCGACGACAUCUGCAAACCAUAUCUCGCCUCUUCUAGCACCACCCCUGGCUCUUGGGACUUGGCUUGUCAGCCCUUUCCAACUUGCUGUCAAUACAACGGUUCAAUAUACUGUAUCUUGUGCAGAAUGGAAGCGCACUGCCGCCGAGACUCUCGGAGAGCAUCGAGUCUGUCAGGCGGGUCUUAUGCAUUCUGUGGUCGUGAUGUGGCCUCGCCUCUAGACCAAAAAUACCUCAAUGAUCAGGCUCCGAGGAAGAUAUACUGUCCACGGGCAACAUCAAUCUGCAUGCCUCCAUGUGUGAUCAUUGGGUAGCCAGGACAAGCUGCGGAUGCUCUCAGUAUCCUACGGACCAGACUGCCCCCGUAGACUUGAUUGGGCGACGCCACAGAGAAUCUUUCAUCCUUGUGGG